UGAUGGCUCAUUCUCACCAUUAGCCAAAUUGUUACUAUACAAUAUAUUGAAUCUAAUCAAGCUCUUUUUGUUCUUCAUAUAUUUAUCUUGUCCCAUAAUCAUUAUAAAUAGCUUCUUAUUAAAUUCAUAAUGAACUACAAUUAAACUCUUAGUUAAUUAAGGAUGAAAACUAAGCCUUGUACAUUUGUGUUCUUUCUUUGUGAAAUAAUUAUAAUCUCUGUUGUGGCAAUUAAGUCGUCCAUAGAUGAGAAACAAUCUGGUGCAACUAAAGAAUACAAAACAAAAAUUGAGGUAGAUAUGGAUAAAUAUUGGGGAAGGAAUGGAGGGGGUGGAUACAGGGGAGGAGAACAUUAUGAUGUAGAUAUGGGAGGUUGGUUAGGAAGAGGAACACCUAGAAGACGAGGAAAUGGAGGACCUGGAGGAGAAGGUGGAGGAGGAGGAAACAAAGGAGGUUCAAAAGGAAGUGAAAAUAAAGAACCUGGAGGAGGAGGAGGAGGAGGUGGUGGUUCAAAAGGAAGUGAAAAUAAAGAACCUAGAGAAGGAGGAGGAGGAGGAGUAGUUCCCGAAGGACCUGGAGGAAAAGGUCGGGGAGAAACAAAAGGACCUGGAGGAGAAGGCGGAGGGAUCGAAAAUGGCGAUCAUGUGGAACAUCCAUGAAAACCAGAUAGAUGAAUGUGUGUUUUGUAUCACAUGCACUAUAGAAAGAAAAGCUUGGACUCUACUACUCUAUGACUAGUUUAUAAUUGGGUGAACAUCUUUCCCUGAAAUUGAAUACAUUUCACUAAUAUCUUUAUAUUGUACCAUUUAUAUUAGCACAUUUGAAUGAAAAAGUACCACGGUAUUAUGUCAUUAUUUUCUUCAA